CUUGGAAAACAUGGUGGUUGAUGUCAACAGGGUUAACUGGAGUGACUUCGGAAACUCUGAUCCCAGGGUAGGUUAUCUCAGACGAUAUUUAACUAUACUGUCUUUGUCUCUCUUUGAGCUUGUUUACGCUUGAAAAUGCAUUCUAAGUUUGACAAGGCGUAAAAUUCGAUGGAAUUAGAAGUGUCGUCGGUCGCAAGUAAAACUGCAAGUGAUGCAAGUGUUAGCAGAACAGACACGGCAAGCGAUGAUGAGGAAUCUUAUCAGACAGGUGUGAUGGUAGUUUUUGCUCCUAUCUCCACUGUAACACUUCAUUAAUCCCUCCCUCUUCUCUUUGUAACCCAAAAUAUUUCGUGUUGUUUCCACUCUUCUAUCCUAGAACAUACUGUAAGUACGGGUCAGCGGUUUGAAGCGUAAUCUGUAAAAUUACCUGUAGUUCACUAGUAGAUCCUCAUAUUCUUUAAUCAAACCUGAAAAAUGUAGUGAGAGCUUGAACAAUUGCCAGAUCAACAGAAAUAUGUCAUCCCAGAGGUGAUCCACAUUCCAUCUGCAUCUGAUAACAGCCCAAAGAGUUCAGGAAUUGCCGUGUAUAAAUAUUCCUCCUCUGAGGAAUCUGAUCAUGAGGAAUGCUAUGAAGAGGGAAAUUAUCCUUCAGGAUAUGUUAGAGGUAUAUUACGCACUUUGUUAUGAUAUGUGUACACCAUUCAAAAAUUUCAAAACUUUUUAAAUUCUAUUUUCUUUUCUAUUAAAGAUUAAGAUAAUGAGUGAAAACAAAGUAAAGAAAUAGAUGAAUGAAAGGAACACUUGUUUAAAAGUUUUGACACCAAGGAAAAAAAUAUGGCCACAACAUUUAUAACAGAUGGUAAUGUUAACUAAGAACCAAGACAAAAGUUUGUUAGAUUGCCUUCGAAAAAGGAUUUGUGACCUGUUUUUUUUUAAUAGAAAUAAAGCUUUUAGUCACUAUAUUUGACAUCCUCUUAAUUCUUGAGAGAUAUUGCUGAAAGCUUUUUUUGUUAGCUAGCAUUUAUUUGCUUGAUACAUUUGCCAGGUAAACUAAGUUAUAUUGCAGAGUAAGGCAAGAUACAACGUUCAUUGUUGAGGAGUUGUAAUGCAUGAUGUACCCACAAUUCUGUUGCCGUGGAAACAUCAACAGUCAAAAUAAUAUCUCUCUACAAAAACUAUUGAUUCAAGGAACCAGCUCAACUGAUUUAUGUUAACAGUAGACAAAACCAAUCAUUAUAAUUUAGAGCAAUCCUUCAGAUUUUAUUUUUUGAUAUGAUUUGUUGCAUUUGAUUAGGUUUGGCCCCACCCCAGGUUUUGCUUAAAAGCUACAGAAGGCAAGCACGGGAAUUUGCCAACAAUGGAGAUGAUAGAGCUGUACAUGAUCGAAUCCGAUGUGUAGCUUUAACCAGAAUAAUUUAUGGGGAUAAUCACUGGAAACUGGCUAAAGCUUACUCAAAGCUUUCACAGGCAUAUCUAGAGCAGAAGGGUAGGUUCUGUGAAAUUUUUCUGAUCAGUAAUGUUUAGGAUAAACUAUCCUCUACUAACACAUCAAUUUUGAGAUCUAAUUUUGAACAUAUAAGGUAAACCUAAAUUUGUUUUUAAUAUUUUGAAGAGAGAUUUUAUCCACUUAGUUUCAAGUCAUUGUCUACUUGUUGUCAGGAAUGGCCCAGCAAGCCCUGAUUCAUGCUGGAAAUGCUCGUGAUGUGUUACUGGCAGCAGAUGCAGUAAAACAUCAAGGAAGACAGAUUUAUGACAGAUCUGAUGUGCUUCCUGUUAUGGAAUUGAUGUAUUUUGUGAUGGGACAAGCUCAGAUUGCCUUGAAGAAGUAAGUGCAAUGUACAUGCAGUAGGUGAGUUUGCUGCAUUGCUUUCCCUAGCCUCUUGCACCACCUGAUUUUCCCUCAGAAAAAUUAUUUACAGUCUGUUUUGUUUUCUUAAAGUGUGGUUGAGGUAUUCCAGCUGAAACUGCAACUUGUUCCACUUUCUGAAGCUGACAGGGUUGAAUUUUAGAUUCUAUCAAGGUUGGAAAAGCAAAAAUAAAGAGGGAUUUCCUUCCACUGAAAUGGCAAAUUAUCAUCAAAUGACUUGCACAGUAGAACUGUAUUGAAGUAGAAAUUAAAUUUUGAUUGAACUUACUUAGCAGUUAUUGCAAUUAAAUGACCUGUUAUGCUUCUAACUUGCAAUUAGCAUACAGCAGAUAGUGUAAUAUUUUGUUUGUGUGAAACUUGCAAGAAGCAUUUAAAGGUAAUGUAGCAUUAAGAUGUAGGAGAAAAGAAUAGUACAUUUGCUUCUUUACAGCACACAGAAGGCUGAGAACAGCUUUAAGAAAGCAGAGUUAGUAUCAAGAGAAAGAGAAGAACUAGGGCCAAAACAUCAGGACCCUAACAGACGGCUUCAAAUAUUGAUGGUCCUUGGUCGCGUCAGUCUUAAGACUCACAAAACAGGACAUGCCCUGGAAUGCUUUGAAAAGGUAGCAGUUUCAAUUUAUGGUCUUACUUAAACAGUAAAUGAAUAAAAUUAUGAAAAGCCUCGAUAUAAGAACCCAAUUUUUACUCUUGGUCUCGAUAAGCCAUAUACACAAUUCUCUAUGUUUCACAUUACAGGCAUUAGAGGUUGCUCAGAAAUAUUAUGGAGCUGAAAGCAAAGAGUUGAUUCCAAUUUACCAAAGCCUGGCACGUGCGGAAGGAAGUCAUGGUGACACAGCCAGCAGAGAAAGGGCAUCAAAGUUGUUAAUGCAAGCUCAUGAUAUCAGCAAAUCAAAGUAAUGUCUGAACACAAAUAUUGUUGCCAAUCAUGAGGCAAGUUUGUUUAGUUUUAUCAUCUUCUGUUAUAAAAAAUGUUUUUAUUCAUAUUUAUAGAUUUGGGGAAGAUUCAAUGGAAGUUGCAGACUCUUCAUUUGUUAUGGCCAUAAGUUACACUGAUGAUGAUGAAAGCCUAGAUAAAGCCAAGAAAUACCUGAAGGAUGCCAUAACUUUAUACAUGAAGCAUAGAGGUCCAUAUAAUAACUCAACUAUAAAGGCCCAGGUACAGUUUAAAGUCAUCUCAGUACAUAUUGUUGUAUUUUGUUGUAUCUCUUGUAAAGGUAACCUAGACACAUAACUGAGAUCUUUCACUGCAGAAAUUCUUUUAUCAAGUUGCAGUUUGAAAUAAAAUCUCUGGUCUUUUCUUGCUCAUUUUAAGUUUCACUUAAAAAUUUUAUGUUGUCUUUGAUCCAAAAUAUUUCAAGGGUUUUCAGCAACUUCAUGAUUGUUAUUCAUGUCUUUUAGCUAUUGUAACAGUGCCUGUUGACCAAUGAGAGGACAAAUAAACUUGUUAUUUCAUAAAAAUCAUUAUCAAAUUUUUACUUGGAGAAAAUCUUUAUUUUCUUAAAAGGGAAGUGAGCAUAGGUAACAAUAAUAUUGUUAGUACCAACAGCUUAAUAUGGUUAUUAUUUGUUUAGCUAGCAGAUAGAAGGUUGGUAAAAUUAUUGUAAUAAAUCAGUAACUCGAUUGUUCUUGUAUGUAAACAGAUGUACAAAAGUAAAACUUUUUGCAACAACUGACUUCUGGGAAAUUUUUCCACUUUUAUUGUAAGUUUGCUUUUUUUUUAAUUAGGAUGAGCUCAGUCGUUUGUUAAUUCGUGAUGGCAGUCUGGAGGAGGCAGUGUUGCUUCAGAAGUCAGUGGCAGAAGCUAAGACAGUGGUGUAUGGUGACCCAAGUGAGCAGGCUGCUGCUUCAUACCAGUUGAUGGGUAGUAUAAGACUGAAACAAGGACGAACACAGCAGGCUUUGAAAUGGCUCACCAAGGUAACACCAAGUUUUAAUUUAUGUUCUUCUUUGUUUAUUGGAGCUCUAGGAUUGGUUACCAUAAUUUACCAGUUUUUCAAACUUUUUCAGAUAUCGUAGCCGUGGACAUUGUAUUCCUCAUUAUUUAAUAUAAUUUGGUUUGUGUGUUUACCUUUUAGGCGCACAAUAUGCUGAGUGCAACAUUAGGAAAGAGUCACAAGAGAACAAAAGAGAUGGCAGACACCAUUAGCCGCAUAAAGAUGUAAGUUGUGUGGAGUAUUAGAGACUUGUUUGGAGAAUUCUUCUAGCGGGCGAUUCGUAUGUUCAUAAAUAUUUUUCUUUCAUGAGAUAAAGGAUCCAAGGAAACCACAAGAAGUUCUUUUUAGAUAAAAGGCACUACCAAAAACUUUUCUUGUUCGGUAAAGUAUCGAAAGAGCCUCAUAAGAAAUGACUUUUUUCCCUGUAAAGAAAUAGAUUCUGAAUCUCUUUUCGGACUGAAGAAUAUAACCACCAUUCUUAGAACAAAUUGAAUAUAUCCACCCUUCCAUUUGAGGGUAAUGAAAGUUUCGAACUCAGAAAGUUUCCAUUUCUAACAGGAGCACGUGCAGUCCCUCAUUGUCAGUUGACAUCAGCCAACACUAAGGGUUAGUCGUUCCUCCCGUUGCAAAGAGCUUUGGGUUAAGUAAUUGUGGAACAAGGAAAUGCCUAAAAUCUUAGUGGUUGAAUGCGUGCAAAUAUCUUCAUUUCAGGUCGCCUGAUGCUCAAAAAUUCCUAAGCGCAGAAGACAAACUGAAGAAGAGACCAAGGUUCACUCAAGUCGUGGGUAGAUCUAAACCCUUGGGGUACUCAUCAACCCCUUACGGGGAUUAACUUCAUUCGUGUAACGCUGAGUGGAACCAGGGAUGACAGAAAUGCGAAUGCUAAAUGUAUAUAUUGCACAGAACAAUCUAUAUAACAGUACUGUAAAUUGUCUAAACCAACAUGAAGGAAAAUCACGAUAGAGCAUGCCAUUUUGUGUCAGUAACGUCUUUCUUUCUUCGUAUUUCGAAGUUCCCUUUCUUACAUUGUCUCAACUCUUUUUUCCAUGAACCACACCUUUCAUUCCCAUUCAACUAUUCUCUUGCAAACCUGUGCGCCCAUAUGCUGCUUAUGAAUAAGAUUACUGUGGUCGAAAUUCUUCAGUCAUUUCAUCUCUUGAAAAGGAAUAUCUUCACCUACCAUUGACCAUAUCCUAGAGCACUGCACCAGAAUGGCAUGUUGAAAAAAUCAAAUCCUGUAAAAGCUCUCUAUUCUUCAUUAUUUUUAAGUGAAAUAAUACAAGUGAGUUACUGUUAGUUCUAUCCUUUUUUCGUCUCUAUCAUCACACGUCAAUUUUAUUUAUCUAUUAUCUAAUUUAACGCCAUGACUUUUUUUUUUCGUCUUGGUUUAAUCAGUCAAGCGCUGGAACAAAUGAGCUGAUCAUAAUUUAUUUUCAACUGAAUACCUAAACAAUAUUACAAACAAAUCUUUGGUAAGAAAUGUGAACAAUUGAAUGCUUGCCAAAAGGGUUGAUUGUUUUCACAAAAUGUGAAGAUAUCCUCUCCAAAUCUACUGUUUAAGGGCUCUAAUAGGGAGAAAAGUAAUGUAAGGGGCUUAGUGAUACGAGCUGCUUAUUGCUUGCUCCGCGUCGCAUGAGUAAAUGUCAUGAAAUGCUUUCUUAGAUAUUUUCAGGAAUUUGAGGAGAG